AUGGCAACGUCCUCCAACAAUCAACCGCGCUUCGGCCAUGGCGGUGGCAUAAAUUCACGCGCCGCGCCUCUACCCACACACCAACAGCCCUACACAACCCCCGGCUUCGGAACUUCAUCCAAGAACGCGCAAACCCGCGAAGCCGAGCGCCUUGACGCCCAACGACGCGCCCGUGAACAAAAGGCGGCAGCUGAAAACGAUGCACAAACUGCUCUCGAGUCCCUCUCUGAAGAACAGCGUGAAGAGAUACAGGAAGCGUUCAACCUGUUCGAUUUGGACAAAGAUAGGUACAUCGACUACCACGAGUUGAAGGUUGCAAUGAAGGCGCUAGGGUUUGACGAGCCAAAACAAGAGAUCCUGAGCAUAUUGCAGACGAAUGGGGUACAAGCGGCGGGGCAACACGCAGGAGGAAGUAAGCAGAAGCAGCCGGUAGGCAAGUAUCAGAGUCCGCCGAGAUGGUUGCUGUCGUUCGAGUCGUUCCAGGUGAUAAUGGCACAGCGCAUUGUGUCGAGAGAUCCGCAGGAUGAGAUUAAUAGAGCGUUCGACCUAUUUGAUGGAGAUGGCAAGGGUAGCAUAACGCUCCAAGAUCUAGAGAGGGUUGCGAAAGAGCUGGGAGAAGGAUUGCAACAUGAGGAACUGCAGGCAAUGAUUGAUGAGUUCGAUAUGAAUGGAGACGGCGCAAUCAGUCGGGAGGAGUUCAUCAAUAUCUGCUUGGGUUAA